AUGUCUAACUCAUCAAAACGAUCAAUCCUCAUCACUGGGUGUUCCCAGGGCGGCGCCGGCAAUGCAUUGGCUUUAGAGUUUGCAGCCAAAGGCUUCCGUGUCUUCGCCACCGCGCGUUCACUCAAGUCACUUGGUAACUUGACUGAGAAGGGCAUUGAGACCCUCACUCUCGAUGUGACCAAGCCUGAAAGCAUCGCCAAUCUGAAGACUGAGAUAGUGACUCGCACGGGAGGUUCUCUGGACAUUCUUUUCAACAACGCCGGUGCCUUGUACGAAGCGCCUGCCGUAGAGGCCGAUGCUGCCCGCGUUCGUAGCCUGUUCGACACGAAUGUAUUUGGACUUAUGGAAAUGGUCACGGCCUUCACGCCCCUUCUUCUCGCCUCUGUUUCUCAAAAUUACGCGCCAACCAUCAUCAAUGUUGCCUCAGUUCUCGCGCGCCUCCCGAGUCCCUUCUCCUCCGCUUACAAUGCGACCAAGGCGGCAGUUGUAGCCUACUCUGAUACCCUUCGACUUGAAGUGCUACCACUAGGCCUUAAGGUCGUUACGCUUCACAUGGGAGAAGUAUCUACCCCCCUGAUGGCGACGGACAACAUCAAUUUUGGAGCUGAAAGCAUCUACCGUGACGCGGAGGAAGGUGUCAAGCAAAGAACAACCACUCAUUUAGACAAGACAAUGCCGCCACAAGAAUUCGCUCGUCAGGUGGUCGGCGAAAUUAUCACUGGAAAACAGUCUUUUCUUUGGAAGGGUACCAACGCAUUUCUGGUAUGGCUGCUGAAUGCUUUAGGACCUAGGACUGUUUUUGACAGUACCUUGAUCAAAGCAGCUGGAUUAGACAAUAAGAAGACUCGGGCGAGUAUAUACAAGCGAGGCCAGGAGGUAGCCAAGAAAACAACCUAA